CAAGCAGUCUCCUUCAGCUUGCCAAUUCUAACGGUUGCCCAUGGAAAUCAGUCACCUGACCCGGGAAUAGGCCUCCGCUUUGCCAAACUUCUCAAUUUUUCCGUUUUGUCGCACCAGUGCUCUUUCUUUUCGAAAGGAUCCCCUAGUUUUGACAAAUUUUCUCGAAUUUUGAUCACUAAAUACAGCUGUGGUUCUGUCAGAGGACUCGAUUUAUGUAUCCGGAACGUCUUUAGCCAUACAUGUGACUCAUAAAUAGGCUUCUAGUUUGGAAAAAUUCAAAACUUUCAACCUAAUCGCGACCCAUCUCUUCAAGUUCUCUCAUUUUGGACAUAGUUCGUUAAGUUUGAAAAAUCCUUUUGAAUUGUGAUCAUUCGAAUGGUAGUGGUCAUCCACAACCUAUAAAAGAACUCGGUUUUGGCUUCCAAGUGUCUUCAGCCCGACUUGUGACUCGACAUGAGCCUCUAGUUUGGAAAAUUCAACAAUGCGCGGCAGGCCUCUCACCUUGGAUGUAGUCUUUCAGUUUAAAAAAAAAAAAUUCUUUGUAUUUUAAUCAUAGCGUCGUUGCGUUAAUCAUAAACUUUAUUUAUCGUGAAUCUGGCCCAAGUUUUCAAAACGGUUAUGCUUGACAUCGUGUAGUUGUGUGAUUUGCAGAUGGUUUUUUCCCUGUUUUUGGCGAUUUUUUAGUUCGCGUUCAUGUUCAGUGCGCUUGAUACACCGAUGUUCUCUCGGAUCAACAAUGCAACCGCAGAACAUUUUUUACCAGGACCCAAUGGUUUGGGCAGAUGCCGGCGAUUUCCGGGAUACAAAUCACCACAGCAUGGGAAUGGAGCACGGGCAGCUUGGCUUCCCUGCUGUCAGAAGUCGGAACCGAGAUAGAAAAGUGGGGCGGGUUCUCCCGAUCGACCCGAUCAAGACGGAGGACCCCUCGGUAGGCGGAAGCGAGGAGAGCGGAGGCGGCGUGGGUGGGGUGGGCGUCGGCGGCGGAGGUGGAGGCGGCAAGGACUCGAAGAACAGCAAGACGAACAAGCGGCAGAGGCGGCAACGGACCCACUUCACGUCGCAGCAGCUCCAGGAGCUCGAGGCCACCUUCGCCCGGAACAGGUAUCCGGACAUGAGCACCAGGGAGGAGAUCGCCAUGUGGACCAACCUCACGGAGGCCAGAGUUAGGGUGUGGUUCAAAAAUCGGCGUGCGAAAUGGCGGAAGCGAGAGCGGAACGCGAUGAACGCGGCAGCGGCGGCGGCGGCGGACUUCAAGAACGGGUUCAGCACCCAGUUCAACGGGCUCAUGCAGCCGUUCACCGACUCGGACUCCCUCUACUCCUCGGCCUACUCCUCCUACAACAACUGGGCCACCAAGGUGCCCAGCCCCCUCGGCACCAAGACCUUCCCCUGGUCCGUCAACCCCCUCUCCACGGUCAACCACCACCAAACCACCGUCAACUGCUUCAAUUCCGGCGCUUCCUCCGUCUCAUCCAUGUCCUCUAUGUCUAGUAAUGGUAUGACUGGUCUCCCGUUGUCGGGUGGCACAGGGACCGCGAACGCAGGGGGUGCGUGCCCUUACGCUCCCCCAACCACCCCGUACAUGUACCACCAUCGGCCGGCUGAAUCCUGCAAUGUCAUGUCCUCUAGCAUAGCCUCCUUGAGACUCAAAGCCAAGCAACAUUCUUCAGGUUUCAAUUACUCGCCCGCGUUAACACCUUCCAUUUCUACAACAGCUGAGAACUCCUCGACGUCGAGUCGGAACUCGUCGGCCUCCUCGAGCGGGGGCCUCUCGGCGUGCCAGUACGCCAUGCCCAUCACCCCCACCUCCGUCUCGGUCGACGCCGGCGGCAACCGCACCCCCGUCUGACAAAUGGUCUCCUCCACCAACCACCGCUACAACGUCGAGGACCUCAUCGACUUCAACAAACAACAACAGCAGCAGCAGCAGCAACCCAGCGACGGCAAUCAGUCACUCAUCUCCACAACGUCCGAGUCCGAGAGCUCCGAGAGGAAGAUCUGCUCCGAUAUCAAGCAGGAAUGUCUCGAGGAGGUCGAGCAGUACUGACUUGGACGAGUGUGCCAGGCGCAGCAGCAACAGCCGGCUCAUUCUUGAAAUUUAUAGACAAAGCUAUAGACAUAGCAGACACUAGGGAUUUGGCGGAAUCCUCUCGGUGGCGCGAGUGGUUGAAAUAGAAAAAUGAGGCAUGCAAUAGACUAACUAACGGCAACCCACGAGAAACCCUUCAGUUAGUCCUUCAUUUUCUCCCUUAGUCUAUAAGAACCACCCAAAUAAAUCAAUAGGAUCGCUCCAAACUCAUUAUGCCCUCUUUGUCUACAGCUUUGUCUAUCAAUUUUAACUUUCCAGUGGGCCGCUUAUUGAAAUUGAUAGACAGAGCAAUAGACAAAGAAGACAAAAGUGAUAUGGAGGGAUGUGAAGGGAUCUCAUCGGGGAAGCGAGUGGUUGCAAUGCACGAAGGAGGUAGGUAAUUGACUAACUAACGGCAACUCACGAGAGACCCUUUAGUUAGUCCUUCAUUUUCUCCCAUAGUCUUCAAGAACCACCCAAAUUAACCAAUAAGAUCGCUUCAUAUCUAUUAUGUCCUCUUUGUCUAUUGCUUUGUCUAUCAAUUUCAAAAAUUAGUCUGCCGGGCGUUUUCUUCGGGAGAAUCCUGAGAAAUAGAAUUGAGACAAGGUGCAUGGUAACAUCCUGAAAUCCAACAAAUUCUUGAAAGAGUCGAACUCGACCCUUUUGACAACGUCACUUGGCUCCAUUUUGCUACGCACUGUCCGUGUCCGAAUGAUCCUCGAUAUCUCUUGUCUCUAUCUUAAUCGAAUCGGUUUCUGUUGGACGUGCGUGAGUCCAAAAACUCAUGAACCCUAGCGCCCUGCAUGAUCAACGAAAGCCGAAGCUCAUGAGAUUUCAGAAUUACGCCCGUCGAUCAGAAACCGAUUCAAUUAGUAUCCGCAAGUCUUCACGCGCUCCACGCUGAAUGCGUCUAAAAAUUAGGCUCUGGCAUCCCAAAAUGAUGGGCUUUGACGCCCAAAAAUUAGGGGGUCAUAAAAUUAGGAUCGCUGGCUGAACGUAGAAUCUAAAUCAUGUGUUAGGAUGCAACCUUGAUUCCUGUUGCUUUCAUGCUCCUUGAAAAAUAUUCCGCUGCUACCCAAAAGUCGCGCUCUGGCCUUUAACAUACUUAAGAUGGCACCUGAACACUAAGUUGAUUAGCCAAAUUGCCUCUGAAAUUUCAUGGAUGAGGUUAGAGAACUGUCAAAAAUCCCCUAUUUUUGUCUUAAGAAUCCAUCAGGCAUUCUGCCCAGACUUCCAGAGCUUGAUCCUCUCUUUAUUAUUGUAUACGUUACAGAAAACAAUAUUAAUUAGGAAAAAUGCCCACAUUUUUAUGGCGAUGUGAAUGUAAUCUACGGGUGCAAUAGUAUGGUUUAAGUUCUUCUUUAUCUCUCUUCCUCUUCCUUCUCUCUCCCUCUCCCCCCCCCCUCAUUUCUUAAUUUUCCGACGAGUCAAAAACUCCUAAGCAAUAUUAAGGCAGAAUUUUGAGGGCUAUGGAACCGGAUUAAAAAUCAGGUGACUUUUCUUCCCUCAUUCCUUUAAAAAUAUACAAAGUGCAAUAUAUUUAUUAGUAGGAAACUCUUUGCCUAAAAUUGAGGUUAGUUAAUUGUUUGUUCUUGCAAACUGCAGGCGGGAAUAUGAGCCUGUAGUUUUUUAUUUUUAUGGGAUGAAACGGACCAAACGUAGUUGAAGAGAAAAACACAAAAAUGAGACUAAAGUAUAGUAUCGAUAAAACUCUAUGGCAGUACCAUUUUACAGUAGGUAUUUAUGCGCAACUAUAUUUUUUCGUUGUUAUUGUUGUGAAGAAAUCUUGAAACAUUCGAUAUUUAUUUGGAUGUGUUUUAAUACAUUUUUAACUUUCCACCUUCUUCAUCUUGUCUCCUUGUUUUCAUCAGCUACAAUCUCCUUUCCUGUCUUGAGAUGAUGAUUCGCUACCCUCAAUCUUUAAAAUACACGUUAAAGCAGUGAUAUCCACCACCAAAGGACUUAUCAUAAAUUGGACCUUUUUUAGGAGACAGGAACUAACUUUUGAAGCUUAUUUAAGAAACAACGUAUCAGCCUUCAGCCUUUGAUUUACAUCUAAAGAUUAGUUCAGAGGUAUUAUUCUUCAUGUAUUUUGUUCCUUUCUGCUUAAAAUCUGUCCGAUGAAAGUAACGUAAAUGUCUCAAAUCUAUGAACAUUUAUCACUAUUUGAGGCUUCAUUGGUAUCUUUUCACGUUCAUUACAUAAAAAUAAAUCAAUUAUUUUAGUUCCUUGAAAAUGUCAUCGACCUCUCAUCACCGGUGAAAAAAUAUCCCAGUUAAAUUUUUAGCAAAAGAAUUGCUUGGUUUUCGUGCAAAAAAAUAACUUGAUAUUAGAAAUUCUGGAGCACAGCAAUGAAACUACCUAUAUUUGGACGUACUUCAGCAUUAUGUGAUGUCAAACUAAUGCGUGGAGAAGAAGUUCUCUAGGCAGAUAUUUCUAUCCAAGUAUUUCUCCUAGGCUUUCUCCAAUUGUUUUAUAAGAAUAUUGUAAAUUGUAAUUAUGAUUUGGUGUAAAUACAUUUAGAUGUUUUUAUGAUUGUAUAUUUGUCUUAAAACUGAAUGAAAGAAUAUUUGUGAACAGUUUAAUGUCUAGUCUUGUAUUUUGUAAGAAAAAUUCAAAAUGUAAAUCUAAUUGAAAUACACACUAUGUUUACAUAAAAAAA